AUGGUGGGUUUCAAUAGCACCAGCUUCCAGCCUGCGACAUUCCAGCUGACCGGGUUCCCAGGCCAGGAGGCGGUUUACCACUGGAUCGCCGUCCCCUUCCUUGUGUUAUACGUCACUGCCAUGGUGGGGAAUUGCCUUGUUCUCUGCAUUGUCUGGGCAGACCGGCGUCUCCACCAGCCCAUGUAUCUGUUCCUUUGCAUGUUGGCAGUCAACGACCUCGGGAUGGCUCUGUCAACCCUGCCCACUGUGCUCGGCACCUUCUGCUUCCACUUCACAGACAUCGCUUUCAACGCCUGCCUGGCCCAGAUGUUUUUCAUUCACUUCUUUUCCUUCAUGGAGUCGGGGAUUUUAGUGGCCAUGGCGUUCGAUCGCUUGGUGGCCAUCUGUAACCCGCUGCGCUACGCGGCCAUCUUGACCAAUCCCAGGAUCGUAAGAAUUGGUCUGGUCAUUGUGGUUAAAUGUACCAGCAUGCUCUUCCCUUUCCCCUUUCUGAUUAAGAGGCUGCCAUACUGCAAAAGUAACGUGCUGUCCCACGCCUACUGCUUGCACUCAGACUUGAUGAGGCUGGCGUGUGCAGACACCACCCUCAAUAACAUCUGUGGACUAUUUGCCAUUCUCAUCACAUACGGCUUGGACUCACUGUUCAUCACCCUCUCUUAUAUCAUGAUUCUGAGGACUGUUUUAAAUGUUGCAUCCCAUGAGCAGCGCCUCACGGCCCUGAACACCUGCAUCUCCCACAUCUGUGCCGUCCUACUCUUCUAUGUCCCAACACUUGCUGUCCCCAUUAUCCACAGGUUUUGGAAAAAUGCCCCUCUUCUUGUGCAUAUUCUUAUGUCCUAUGUCUAUAUCUUUGUCCCUCCUGUGCUAAACCCAAUCGUUUACAGUGUGAAAAUGAAAGAGAUUCACAAGGGGAUUGUGCGACUAUUCUCUAGAGGCUGAAAGUGAA